UAGUAUCAUUACGUCACUGCCAUUACGUCAUGUAGUCAGGGGAGAUUACCGCCCAACAUGACCGCGUACGGCUUCAUAUUUUCCUGGAGUGGCGAGGAGAUGGUGACUAAGGACGAGAAGGACAUCUACGCGACCAUCGAGGUCAAGCUCUCUCACAAUGUCUUCAUCGUGGUGGCGUCCAUCAUGAUCCCCAUGGCCGUGUUCAUCAACAUCCUGGUCUUCUGUGGCAUCUUGCUCUACCCGGGGUUCCACACCAGCAAUAACGUCUUGCUGCUGGCCAUCGCCGCCUUUGACUUCACCAUGGGCGCCGUCUGCCUCCCCAUGUUCAUCCUGUGCUACACCUCUGGAACCAGGGAGUACAUCUCCGGCAGGAAAUACCUCUGUCUGUUUAAACUCAUCACCUCUUUAGUCAGCAACGACGGCGCCUUGUACUGUUUGAUGCUGCUGUCGCUAGAUCGCUACCUGGCGAUUUUGUCGCCUGUCAGACACCACGCCUGGAUAACCUUCAGACGCGCCAUCUACAUCACUAUAGUAUCAGCCGUGUACACCGUAACUAAAGCAUCACUCCCGCUGUUAGGGUGGAACAACUACGACUAUAGCAUCGAAAAUCUGAACGAGCGCUGCAACUUCUACACGACACUACCCAAACCUUUCAUCAUUUGGUUCCUGAUGGUGCCAAACGACUCGGCGGUCGUCUUAUCCACUGUGGUUAACAUCCACACCGGGUUUAUCGUGCUACGGCAGCUGCGGGCCUACAAGACGCAGAGCGCCAACUACAGCAGUGAGCAGAAGCGUCGGUUUAGAGCUAGGGUGAGCAGUGUCAAGAUCACCAUGGCGCUCACCUUUGUUUUCAUCGUCAUGACGGUGCCGUAUUUGUGUGUGCUCCCAUUCAAGCUGUACCAGGUAUUCCCUGACCACAUCGUGGAGACGAUCAAAGUCUACGCCCUACUACUCACGUUCGGGAACUCAGUGGUCAACGGUCCGGUGUACGCUAUACUGAGGUUUGAGUACAGAACCGUGUACACGAUGAUGCUGACCAACUUACCGUGGCACUGGAAGAAAUGUUUAAAGAAACUACACAGGGAGAAGUAUACAAGAUUUGUCGCCUCGUCUGUACACUCGCUCUCCUUGGAGGUAGAGGACCACGAAAUGGACGUCUACGGGAAGGACGAGGCGGAGUGGAGGCACAGUCUGCCGUCUGACUCCGAGUCGAGAAAAGCGGAGUCAUCAGUGGACAUGGCGAUGGUGGGUAUCACCGAGGGGAAGAUGAGUGACAGGUGGGCGACAGUGGACAAGAUGAAGUGUCGGGACAGUAAGGCGUACAGUGAGGUCAGACACACGUCCGUCAUGACUGAGAGACUAGCGUCCUCUGCUGAAGGUCGGCGGAGUACUUCGGUGUGA